ACACUGACAUGGACAAGAUCAUAGUGCGCAAGCUCAACGUUCGGAAUAUCAUAGGCGUAGACUCAUGGGAACGUUCGAAGCGCCAGCCAUUGAAUAUAGACCUUACGGUGCACCAGGACAUUAAUUCAUCCGGUGAAAGUGAUCUUCUCUCGCAUACUAUUAGCUAUGGGACAGUUGCAAAGGCUGUCCAAGCGUUCUCAGAAAAAACAUCCUACCGGUCUGUCGAAGCUCUCGCCAGUGGCAUUGCCCGGAUUUGUGUGCAAGAAUGCGGUGCAGAGUGCGUAACAGUUCGAGUGGAGAAACCGCGUGCCCUCCUUCACGCCGCGUGUGCAGGAGUGGAAAUAACUCGGUCGAGGCGGGAUAUCGAACUGAUGGAGUCAUUGAAAGCAUCUGGUGCGAGGAGGCAAUCGCUCUCGGCAGAGGACAUUGCUGGCGAGGAUCAGAUUUUUAUCCAAGAUCUGACGCUAAAUACCAUCAUCGGGGUCAAUCCUUGGGAGCGCGAAGAACGCCAGCGAGUUAUCCUGACCCUUGUCAUACAUCUCCAAUUCAAUCCUCUUCUCCUCAUUGAAGAUCAUGUACCCAAGGUACACAAUUACAGGACAAUAACACGGACUGUUAGUCAGUAUGUAGAACAAACGGAUUAUAAAACAGUUGAAGCACUGGCGACAUCCGUCGCAAAACUGAUGAUCGAACAGUGUCAUGUACCCAAAGUCACCAUUCGAGUCGAGAAGCCGAGCGCGAUUGUGUUUGCCGCGGCGGCUGGAGUUGAAAUAACCAGAGAUCGGGCGUUUUUUGGUUUGAAAGAGCCCUCCAGCGGCUCGCAAGAAGUAUCACCCACCUCUGGUGGCCCAACCAGCAGAGGCACAAGAGGGCUUGAUGUUCAUCAGGACAGCCGUCUAUCUCACACAGUACUGCUGGCUAUUGGAUCAAAUCUCGGCAACCGUGCCCAAAACAUUGAAGGGGCGCUGUGCAGACUGGAGGGUUCACCAGCAAUCCAAAUCGUGGAUACUUCCUUUUUGUAUGAAACCACUCCCAUGUAUGUAGCAGACCAGCCAAACUUCUUGAAUGCGGCAGUCAAGGUACGAACAAGCUUGGAACCAGAGGCACUACUAGGAUUCCUCAAGGGCAUCGAAAGUGAAAUGGGUCGCGAUUUUGAUGGGCAACGUUUUGGUCCUCGUCCCAUAGAUCUCGAUAUUCUCUGCUACGAUUACCUGGAAAUGAGCAAUGAAACACUCACGAUUCCCCAUCCUCGGAUUAAGGAACGCGAGUUUGUGUUGCGACCGCUGUGCGACAUUGCGCCGGACAUGGAGAUCCCUGGCCUUUUCCGUACAGCGUCUCAGCUACUUGCGCUCCUUGGCCACUCAGAGCAAGCUGCCGAUCAUCACAUCCACAAAGUUAUCCCUCUCGGUUCCGGACAAAUUUGGAACUGGUCAAAACGAACUUACAUAAUGGGCAUCCUCAAUGUCACACCAGACAGUUUCAGUGAUGGGGGAGAACAUUUCUCGAUUGAUGCUGCAACAGAGUACGCUCUCACCAUGGUUAACGACGGCGCGGAUAUAAUUGAUAUAGGAGGCAUGUCGACCCGCCCGAACGCCGACGAAAUUACGGAAGAGGAGGAACUGAAGAGGGUAAUUCCCGUUAUAGAGGCAAUUAGAAAACGUAACCAGACUAUUCCCAUAUCUGUGGACACGUACCGAGCCUCUGUCGCCAAAGCUGCGGUUGAAGCCGGGGCAGAUCUGAUUAACGAUGUGACUGGCGCCUCAUCUGACCCAGCCAUGCUCACUACCAUGGCGAACUCCAAAGCACCUGUUUGCCUAAUGCAUAUGCGGGGAACACCCAAAACAAUGACAAAGCUCACAAACUACGAAAAUGACGACGUAAUACAAGAGAUUCGUCGCGUCUUGGGUACCACCGUGUCCAAAGCAGUUGCGAAAGGAGUUCGGCGAUGGAACAUCAUUGUGGAUCCUGGAAUAGGAUUUGCAAAGAAUGCUGACCAAAACUUCGAUAUUUUACGGGGGCUUAGGGAUAUGGUGAAACCAAAAUCAGAACUUGCAGGUUUCCCAACCCUUGUCGGGCCCUCUCGAAAAGGUUUCCUUGGACACGCCUUAAAGGCGGACGACCCGAAGAACCGUGUGUGGGGCACGGCCGCUGCUUGUUCGGCUGCUGUUGCUGGCGGCGCAAACGUUUUAAGGGUACAUGAUGUGAAGGAGAUGAAGGAUGUAAUAGUCAUUGCAGAUAGAUGCUUCCGCAAAUAAAAUAUACAGUGGCUGAUGGCUGCUGACAUUGCACGCUA